AUGAUAUCACGUCGAUAGUUGUAGAAAGAGUUGGCAUGACGUGCGAAAAGCGACUCGAAAGUGCAACUAAUUUCGAGUGCUGGUUGAGACGAGAGUGCAACCUGCGACUGGCAAGUCGCUUGGCGCCUUUUGCCGGCGUCAUCCGCCAGUGCGCACGUGUGGCCGCCGAUUUCUCCGCGAGGAGUCGCGCAUCAGUGUCGCGACGCACAAUAGUCAUUCGAUGCGCGGGGCACCGUGAAACAGAUCGGCGCAGCGGCGAAGAGCGGAGUGGAAAACCCCAGUAGGAGUGCAGGACCUGACGAGGGACGUCAAUCGAUCCUCGCUGUCUCGUCACAUACGUUGGUACGACGCGUGAUUUCAUGAUGUAGCGCUAGGAUAAUCGGGGUGACAGAAAGACCGUCGCUGACAAAAACGCUGCACGCGCAAUCCGUUUAACGAUAUCACCAUGAACGCCAGGACUCAGCUGUUUGAAUUGAGCAUGGAGGGGCGCCAGGUGGACGAGGCAGUGGCGAGUAUAUUCCACAGUGUGCUCUUCCAUCGAAGCCUCGGCAAAUUCAAGUACAAACAAGAGGGCAGCUAUUCGGUGGGCACCGUGGGAUAUCAGGAUGUGGACUGUGACUUCAUUGACUUCACAUACGUCUGCUGCUCGUCGGUGCACCUCGACCAGACGCUGAAGCGCGAGAUAUCGGGCUUCUCGGAGGCCUUGCGCUCGACCGACAGUCCGGGCUCCGGCCAGAUAUCCUUAGAAUUCUUCCAGAGGAAAAAGAGCCGCUGGCCCUUUCAGCCCGAGUGUAUACCGUGGGAAGUGUGGACUGUACGCCUCGAGCUCAUCAAAUUGGCCACCGAAAAUGAACGGCAGAUAUGUCGGGAGAAAGUGGGCGACCUGCUGACCGACAAGAUCCUGUAUAUCACCGAGGUCAUGAAUCGGCACGAUUACAUCCCGAAAGUGCCGAGUCAGGCGGAGCUAGAUCUGAUCUUCGACACCUCGUAUCCAGACAUACAGCCGUAUCUCUUCAAAUUGUCUUUCACGACCUCCAGUCCGUCGACCACGACUAUGGGCAACACUAUGAAGAAGCUGAUCAGAGAGACGCUGUCCAUUUAGUCGUUAUAAUGCAUAAGCUCUUACGUUCUGACAUUAGCACAUUCGUAUAGUUUAGAAUCAUCUGGAGAAGUCAUCCGCAGCGCACUUUCUGUUCUCACUCGCGACACACGAGUUUCUUUGCAUUGCACCGCGCGAUUUCACUUCAUAUCAUCGAUACGUCGUACCAUUAAUGACUCUAACCUGCCACCCCUAAUUGUGAUUAUGGGUUCUGAGAAUUCUAAAUUCGCGCUACCGAGGAAGCAGAGUGAUCCCGAGUUUUCAACUGUUUGCUUCCGGCGGAGUUCGCCAGGAGUGCUUCGACGUGCUUUGCCUACACGGUGGAUUCUGCCAGAUCCGGUCACGUAAGCUCCGCGCGGCAGGAGUUUUUUUUACAAUAUAACGGUAAUAAUACUUCUUACGAAUGCAGGGACUUCCGCUGCUGUGUGUCUCUAAUGUCUAUAUAGUACAAAUGAACACAACACUCUCGUGACACUUGCUUUUUUUGUACUUUACUAUGAACGUCCGUCGCAUAAUUUUAGCAGGAUCACGUUAGUCACGUUUCACACAUACACGAUUAUAUUUUACGUUGUACCUUUUAAAUCGCAUCACUUAAAUCUCCACUCCUGUGGUAGAACGACAUUAUGUUCCUCUCUUGCUUCUCAUCCUUUUUUUGAAUGCUGUGUAAACAUCGUAGAAUAGAUUGGAGCGUAACUUCCCGAUCUUUGUCCUCGCGUGUCACGUAAGGAAGAUAAUUUGAGUAAGGAUAUUUCAGCCACUAGAUGAAGAGCAGGAUGUUUUUCGGAGUAUCUUUAGUAUCUAGUAGAAAAUCUUUGAGAGCAGUGUAUCUUAAAGAUAAUUGUCACUUAUCCCUUUGACAAACUAUUCCGACUAUACACGACGGCUGUAUUCGGCGCUGUACACUCUGUUUUUUUUUCAGUCACUAACGUUGAAAGUAUAUAUAGUUAAUCCUAAACUGGCGAUCACAGAAUGCUUGGAUUAUUUCGCAUAUAUAUAAUAUAUAUAUAUAUAUAUAUACGCACGCGUUGCGUAUACGCGUGUGUAAACAUGUGCUUGCAUACAAAGCCGCUAUUAUUUUCGUCGUGUAAAUUUAACGUCAAAUAUCUGACAUCCCGAGUUUAAUUCUGCAAUAAAAUUGCUACGCCGACCAGAGUCGCGUUUGACGUUAAAUAUCCGACGAAUCAGAGUGUUAAUUACGAUUAUAGUAUGUAUGUAUGAAAACGAUUGUUAUUUAUUUUAACGAGUGGUGAUACGUAUAACGUCAAACGUUAUGUGCGCAGGUUAGUAAAUAUAAUUCUUCACACUGCUUCUGUUGAUCUUAAGUUAUAUUAAUUAAGUUGUAAUGAAUAAUCGUUAAGCCUACGCGACGCCUGCAAUACCGAAGCGCACCGGGUGAUACGAAAGAAUCGCACGAAAAAUCGACAGUCAUUGAUUAUUACAUUUCUCCCAGACGUUUCGUGCCUUCGUAUCGAAUUUUUGAUAGAGAAAAAAAAAAAAAAUUAAUGUGCUAGAAGAGACUAACAUACCUGAAUCCCAGACGAUAUCAUUCUUAUUUAUUGACGAAGCAUCACUCACAUUGUAAAGUGGAAUAGUCUCUCUUUCGCGCGCGCAGCAGAUGAAUCUGUGAUCCUUCUCGGAUUCCGAGGCGAUUAUUUCCUUGUAUUCCUGUAAAAAAAAAACGAUAAUUGCGUGUCGUUAACGUCGUGUCGUUUUUAGGAUUUCCAAGCGGACGGGAAUGUCGCGCGCGGAUGUCGGAACGCACGUGUCGGCGGUGACCCGCGUGCACGCGCAAUUAUACUAUAUUGUACAAUGUAAAUAGUAUGUGUCCGAAAAGGGGAAAAAAAAAUUAUGCCGUAAAUCAAAGACGUCGCGUUCGAAGAGGGUCUUUCGCGCGUUCCGAGAUCCGCUCCUCGCCCUUCCUACGACCAAUCAACUAAAGAUAUAUAUCACGACGUAUAUAGCGGUGCACACCACUAUUGAUAGUGCACUUACGGAUCAGUAGACGAGAAAGCGUUAACGUUAAUUUACGAUCGAUCAUGUAUCGUCUCUAUUGCUUUCUUUCCGCGAUGUUCUCUAAGUAGUUUAAUAUACAAUUGCGACUUAGCUAAGUGUCUCGCGAAAUCGAACGUAUAUCGUCGAGUCCAUUGGAUUGUUUUCUCUUCUCUUAUCGAUUAAAGAAAGGAACGAAGGAAGAAGGAAAGAACACGUUGGUCGUCGAGAUAGUCUAGCCGCUCUCCCCGCGACUCUGAAUGGAAAUCGACUGCAGUCUCUUUUUCCUCGCACCACCCGGUAUAUGCCGUGCACGAUUGUAAAAAGUAAAAAGGAAAAAAAAAAAUGUUGCGGUGUAGAGCCGCGAUAUGAUAUUAUGACAAAGAGAGGCGCGCGUACAUACGUACGGGCGCAUAUAUAUAUAAAUAUGACAUUAUAUAGAAAGAACAAAGAAAGAGAGAGAGAGAGAAAGAGAGAGAGAGAGAGACAAGAAAAGAGUGAACGAAUGAACGAGUGACCACGUGUGUAUGCGCAGCUAGAGUUCGGGUUUGUCAAAUUGCCACACGCUGUUAUAAAAAUAAAUAAUUAAAAAAAAUAUAUAUAAAUAAUAUAUAAAUAGUAAAGAAAUAGACGGUAAAACCGAGACCUGUAUAUUACUAAGCGGCGAGACAAAAUGUGACAAAAUGUGUAGUAUAUAGCGAGGAAGAUGAAAUAUCUGCAAGUUUUAAUUUAUCAUGAUGAGUACGCUGAUGAUAAAUGACUAAUUAUUAAUAAAUUACUGUAUUUUAUAA